AUGGUAUUUUCUGCUAAGUUCAUUUCAUGGAUUAUGACUUGUGUGACCACUGUAUCCUAUUCAUUGUUAUUGAAUGGAAGGUUAACAAAAACUUUGCAUGCUAAUACAGGAUUAAGACAAGGAUAUCUGAUGUUACCCUAUCUAUUUGUACUGGCUAUAGAGUAUCUGGAUAGGGAACUACAACAGCUCACAAAGAAUGGGAACUUUAAUUUCCAUCCAAGGUGCAGGAAACUAGAGACUAUACAUGUUUGUUUUGAUGAUGAUCUAUUAAUUUACUAUUGGGCUGAUCUAAUUUCUAUUACGCUUUUGAAUGAAGAUUUCAUGAAAUUUGCUAGAGCUUCAAGAUUACAUGCAAAUGCAGAUAAGAGCUCUUUUUAUUUAGCUGGAGUGGAUGCUCAUACUAAGCAUAAAUUGCUGGAAGAACUUGGAUACACUGAGGGCACUAUGGUUUUUAGAUACUUAGGGGUUCUAUUGACAUCAAAAAAUCUUAUUGUCAAUUAG